UCCCCUUUCACUUAUCAGCAGAAGUGGAAAAUAGAAAUUGUAAUCCUAAAAUUUGGCUGUUCCAAUAUUCGGGUUUUUUCGUUUAGUUCCUCAAUCUUUCCGUUCCAAACUAGCAUCGUUCGGUUGGUGGCUUUGUGUUGUCUAUUUUCGUCAAGGUUUUUAUUAGAAAAAUAAAAGGUUCUGUUCCGAAAAUGUGAAUACUUGUUACGGAUCCCAUCGACUUUGACAGCUGCAACUUUCCUUUAUCAUCGACGGUUUUCUCUUUUCUAUUUGGCGUCUGAUUGUGGGAUGAUAAGCGCUGAAAAUGGAAGCGCUGGCCCAAGAUCUGAGCAUUCCGAGACGACAAAUUCGUGAAACCAGAAGCACCAAUCGAUUCCAGGUUCUGGUGCACAAAUGUUGGCUGAAAUCGAUAUCUCAGGCUGGCAAAGUCCCGGGAGAGUUUCCUGUCUACGGUCACAGUGGUCCGGAUGCUUCGGAUUGGCCUCUGACUGGCAAAGCGAGCAGCUGCUGGGAAAGAGUCUACAUAAGCAUCUACAAAAAGCAACCAACCAAAGUGAUUCCGCUGCCACGGAACAAAUUUCUUGCCAACCUGAACAACGGCGAUGCCCACUCAUCGGAAAAUGAAGAUCCACUGCACUACUCGCAGCUGCUCCAGUACGUUUCCGGUACCAAUCACAAGAAUCUCUGGAAAGCCGCCUACCGGAAGUACGGCGCUUCCCGGCCCAACGAUCUGCAGCAACAGUUUGCCCCGGUAAUGGUGGCCGGAGGUGGACCAUCUUCUUCCACUUCAACAACUAAUCCUAACAGUACAAAGAAGCAACCACAAGACAGCAACAACGGAAACAUAUCAACGGCACUCUUCCCGAACGACUUUGUCCUUCGGGAGGCGCUGAUCAGAACCUACGGAUGCCGGGUGCUACGUUUGGAAGCUGGAGAGGAACAUCAAACGGCGGGGGAGGGAAAUUCGGUUGUGGCACCGGCACACGUUAACCUAUAUCCGCUUCUGGUAGCGAUCGAAAGCAAUCAUCACUUAUAUUUGGUAUUUUAUCCGUUUGUUGAGAAUAAUCUGCUGGAUUGUGUAACGUACAGUCCGGCGAUCCUGGAAAAGUCUCACAACAAACCUAUGUUUUUGGUUUAUCAGCUGCUGCACUUGAUGAAAUCUAUGCAUGACCGGGGAUUGAAUAUGGGAAAUGUAGGGCUGGGUGAUAUUUAUUUGACAGAAAAUCUGUGGCUCAGGGUUAUUCCAAAUUUGGAGGCGAAUUUGCUAGAGUUUGAUGCGGAGUUGCAAAGCCAGAUGGACGAAAUGAAUAUAAGCCGUUUGGGAUUGAACCGGAAAUCAAAACUGCGGCUGUUGAAAGGAUUAGAUUUGAAGUAUUCAUUGAAAGAUUAUUGUGAGAUGUGGUGUCACGGACAGAUAUCCAAUUUUGAUUACCUCACCGUUCUGAAUAAUUUUGCUGGCAGAAGAUUUGGGUGUCCUGAACACCAUCACAUCAUGCCGUGGGUAACAGAUUUCACCAAUCGCAAUGGUCAAGCCUGGAGAGAUUUGAAGAAGUCUAAGUACCGGCUAAAUAAGGGUGAUGCUCAGCUGGAUCUCACAUACCAGGCUGCUGGUGUUACAGAAGGAACUGUUGCGCAUCACGUAUCGGACGUGCUCUCUGAAAUAACUUAUUUUGUGUAUAUGGCUCGAAGAACUCCGAAGAAAGUUCUUUGCAAAUACGUUAGACCAAUUUGGGUUCCAGCUGAAUACCCAGUAUCGAUUCAACGGCUCCAAGUCUGGACUCCAGAUGAAUGUAUUCCAGAAUUCUUCUCUGAUCCAACGGUUUUCAAAAGCACUCAUGAAGAUCUACCUGACUUGGAAGUUCCAGCUUGGGCUACUUGUCCUGAAGACUUUAUAGCCAAACAUCGGGAAACCUUGGAAAGCCAAUAUGUUUCGGAAAAACUACAUCACUGGAUAGAUCUCACAUUUGGGUACAAGCUGGGAGGCUCAUCUGCUGUCAAAUCCAAAAAUGUUUGUCUUUCGUUAGUAGACAAACAUCAGAAUCUCUGCCAACGAGGAGUAGUUCAAUUGUUUACUAGCCCUCAUCCAUCACGCCAAUUCCAAAACAUCUGGAACGGUAAAGCACCACCCAGGCAACACACGCAGCACGAAUCGAGGCAACGCCUAACGAGAAGCUCCGAAGAUCUCACUCAUCAGGGAAUGGGACCCGUUGGUUCAGAGUCGGAUUCCGGAUUUUACCCCGAAUUCGCAUCAUCUCCCCAAAAUCGGUAUUCCUCUCAGAAUCUCAGAUCUAGUGGCGCCUUCAAAUCCGAAUCGAUGGAACGAUCCACCAGCUAUCACAUCAGCGUUCAAGCCAAAACUCCUUCAGUCCUGGUACUGCCAAAGAACUACAACCCAAUCGUUCAACUCAACGCUGUUGAAAACCUUGGAGUCUUCGUGGCCAAAACUUUCCACUCCAGCAUGGCGGAUUCAACAAGUUCUCAAAAACAGGAAACGCUAGAUCACGAUUUCAACCUUUGGAACGUCAGCACCUCUGGAAGUAGCUACGACAAGGAACAAACACUCGAGGGCAAUGCCUACACCAACAGAAUAUUCUCCGAACCCUAUGAAGCGUACCUUCUCAAAGACAGGAAAAUGUUCCAAAACCUGAAAUAUCAAAAUCAACUCCACCACCAAACAAGUUCCAAGCAUGCGUUCAAACAACAUCUUCUCGAUAUACGAAUCAAAGAUCUGCAAGUUCUCGGUUGUCUAAUCGUCGAACUUUUCCUCCCGGCAAAGAUCCGCCCCCUAGGGAGCUGCACCCUUCAAGAUUUCGAUUCCCGACUCGAGUCCUGCCUAAAACUGUUCAAAAAAGACUCCCGGCACCUACCAAGUUGUGUUCACUACGCCACGAAAAUCCUUCUCGGAAUAGAACAACCCUCCUGUGAUACAGUGGUAACGGAAAAGGGACUACCACUUCCGUCACCUCAUCAAUUCCUUCAACCCCUGCUUGCCAAUCUGUUAAUCCCAUUUCCACUGCCUUUCCUACAAAUCUACCAAACCGUAAAAUCUCUCAACUACUUCGAGGAGUGCAAUUCGCUCCUAGACCUAUACACAUUCUUCGACUGUGAUGGCAAAAACUGCUCUCGUUUUGCCACUCUCGACAAACUAAGAAUCGACUUCCGCCGGCGGAUAGCUGAGUGUAAAAUCAACUGCUGCAUGGCUCUCACCGAGGGACUGCUUCAACCUUGUUCGACGGAACAAUAUUCGACGGUCGAACUGCUGCUACCGCAUUUUAUAGAACUCAUUAAGGCGGACGAUACCUCCAUACUGGCUGCGUGGAACCUGUUCGACCCGAUGGCCACCGCACUUGGAAUGAAAGGUACCCAACGGCAUCUGCUACAACCUAUUCUGUUAAUCUACGAGUCGGAAGACACUGAGACACCAAAACCAGCUCAACAACCUUCGCAACAAGCCACGAACACCGAUCAAGGUACUCUAAAAUUCACUCGAAAUACGUCGUUCAAGUCCCGCAAGUCCGUCAAACUGUACCACCACAGUUUUCUGCUGAAGUUGAUCGUACGUUUUGGAUUGCGCUGUUUCCUAGAAAACUUCAUCGCACCUCUGGUGGAAGCGGUCGGAGGCUACAAGGAUGCGGAUUUGAACCAGCCGUAUCACUUUCACGAGAAUCUCCCGGCUACGGAAUUCGGGCACGGCGGGGAGUUCCGACGAUCGAGGUCCUGCAGGAAUUUCAAGCUGAAAAGCGAUAGUAGUGCCGAUGGAGUAAGGGUUGCGGCCGGUGGUUUGAGUCAUCAUGAUUCGUUGUCGAUGUCGAAUACUCUGGUGUCUCCGGAUGCUUCGGACAAAACGUUGUCGCCGACGAUUGCUCAAAAUUUACCGUUGGAUGAGGGAUCGCUGGAGGAAGAUGUUGAGGAGAUGUUUAGCUUUGAGGAGGAUAUUCAGCAUGAUAGGAAGCUGUUGACUGUGAUGGAAGGUGGUGGAGCUGAUGAGGCGAGCGAUACGGAGAUGGAAUCAGCAAUGAAGAAGAUCAUAGAUGAUUUUGAUAUUAAGGAUUCGACUAGUUUUGAUCUUCCGUUGAAUCAUUCGCAAGCAGAGGAAGCCAUUGAAGAUGUGCUAGAUGAAGACGCUCAACAUGCUAGAGAAUUAGAACCGUUAGACCUUGGAGGGGUAGGAUUGGAAGUUUCAGGGGACUUGAAGUCUCCUACUAUUCCAAUUCCUUCUUCAUUCCGGAGGAGUAUUGAGUUGAAUUCAAUUGGUUGUGAAAUUGGUAGCAAGAAGAGCAUUGACUCUAUGGAGUUCUUAUCCAAAACUCCGAGAGAAGAAAAAGUUGAAGGUGCAGCCAAAAAUACGACUGGUGUAGCUCACAAUGUGUCAAAGAACUCUGAACCCGGAAAAACACGAUCUACACGAAUUUCUGAAAUGAGUUCGGAAAGUUUGAUCUGGUUGUCACAUCGAUUGGGUCCAGUUCUGACUGCUCGUUAUCUGACACGGAAUCUGCUGAAGAUGCUGACGCUCUGCUAUGUGGGGCCGGAAAAUUUGCUCCCCAAUGAAACGAAUGCUCAUUCACAUCCUGCGGGAAGUCUUAACCAUUUUUCAAUAGCUGACGGAUGUGUUAUCGGGGACGAUUCGGCUCAACGUGUAAUCGAAUGUCUUGCUUCGAUAGCUGCUCUCUUUGGUGAUCAGUUCAUUUUGCUGCAAUAUUUUCCUCAUGCUAGUGAGCUGAUUGCACACUGUCGAAAGAAAACCACACCAACUUUGGAAGGUGGGUUGAUCAGCUCUCUUCAAUUGGUAAAGUGUUUGAUUCCAUUCUUGAACGACGCUGCUCUCAUGGAUCAACUGCAAGAUUUUUUGCUGAGGUCGAUCAUUCACCCAAUUAUACGGCUGCUGGAGUCUACUAAGUUUGUAAUGCCAAGUGGUUUCUUGGCACGCUCAGUAUUAGCGAGAAAACUGAUCGACACUUUAUAUGUUAUUUCGAUACGAAUCGGGAGAGAAAUGACCCGAGAGCAUAUUUGUAUUCCGGCUUUGCAGCGUUUUUUCCUCAUAUUUGACAAAGCGUACGGACGUAACGAAUACUUGGUAGAGAUGAGAAACCAACCUAUGAGUCCUUCUAGCUCUGGAACUGAAGAUUCUCACUACAUUGAGUUUAGAAGGGAGGGUGGAACGCGGGAGCUUAAGGUCAAAGGUCAAGAAAUUAGACAAGUAAAAGGGCAGGAACCGCUGGAUAGUUACACUCCUCCAAGUGUCCUAAACAUUUCACUCAGUGCUACAUCAUCUGCACAUCAAAACAUUCACGCAACGGCUUCCAAAGCUAUGGAGGAAAUUCGUGACGUAUUCACCCCUAAUCUUGCAUACAGUACCUUCCUACCUUUUCUUAACUACCUCGGCCAACUAGAGAUGUCACAAACACUGAAAAACAUGCCUCUUAUCUUGAACUUGUGUCACGAUCACGAACAACCAACUCACUAUCGAGAUACUCGUGAUGGACUCAAUGUGGAAGCCGAAUUAGGAGACGAAGAAACCAAUCUUGACUCGCUCAAUUGUUCCAAUUCGUUCGGAUCCAAUAUAAUCGGCAACCGCAUCGAAGUUCGGGACGACUCCAACAAAAUCGAACAGGAUCAGAAAGAGCUGCUGGGAAUGGUAACCUAUCGGCUGGAACAGAUCAAUAGCUCCCGAAACCUUCGUGGCAACUGGUUGGCUUACUGGGAACACGAAAUUGGUCGAGCGGACAAAGACAAUCGGUUCAACCUGAAACAGAUCAAACUGCAAACCUACAGCGGCCACACCAGUUCAAUUAAAGCUAUCCUAGCGCUAGACAACGAAAACAGUUUCAUCUCGGCUUCGAAAGAUAAAACCGUCAAACUUUGGUCCCUGAGAAGCGAAGGCGACGGAAGCAAGAUCUCCUCGUGUCAAUUCACCUACACCAACCAUCGGAAGUCGGUGCAUUCACUUGCUUUUCUGGAGUCUUUGAGACUAACAAUUUCCUGCGACGCAGGCGUCCACCUGUGGGAUCCCUUCGUGGGCUCCCAGAUCGGUCAGCUUGAUGUUCCCAAGUACACACCGGUGUCCGUGGUCAAAACAUUCCCAUCGCCAAGUGCCCUAGUACUAGCCGGAACAGCCGACAGUUGCAUCAAGAUGAUCGAUGCACGCACCUUCAGCUACUGCCACGAAUGGAGAGUUUCGCAGGCCCCGGUAGGAUCAGUAAGGGCUGUGGCCGUUGCUCCCUCCGGUAGCUGGAUCGCGGUGGGUCUUAGCAGUGGACACAUUACGGUGCUGGAUGGCCGAACCGGAUUCAUAGUGUCCUCCUGGCGGGCUAACGAUAGCGACUUGAUACAGCUCCUGGCGCCAAGCGAUGGGCAGUUGGUUAGCACCAGCUUCGACUACUCGGUGAGCGUCUGGAAUCCGCACACCGGCAAUCUGCAGUUUAAUAUGAAAAACCGCCCUGAACCGGUCCACUGCCUGGUCAACAACGGCCCGGAACUGGUGGUGGGAACCCCAACCAAUCGCAUCGGAGUGUACGGCUCAAUUGCCGCGGAUGCAUCCCACUGCUACACCAAGCUGCGGUCCGAGUCCUUCAAGGGGGUGCUCACGAGCUUCGCGCUUCUGCCCCUGAAUCGGCUGCUCCUGGUCGGGGGCGAUAAUGGAACCAUCAGUUUGCUCUGCUAGAUGGCGCUUCUCUGCAACCACAUCACAUUCCGUCUGCUGCAAUUAUUAUCAAUUGGCACACACCCACACUACCCAUGAAAAUAACAUUGUGCAACAUUCCAUUCAGUGCUUUUUUGUGUGACACGUUUUUGUGAAUGAGGCAUGUGUGAAGCUGCAAAUGAUUAUCCCUUAUUAUACACGUGCAUCGACAUGAACCAACAACCCCCAUUAAAAGUCCCCUCCCAACUCCCUUUAGUGAGUGAUAAAAUUAUGAGUAUUAUUGAUAUUGUGCAACAAAAUUAUACCAAAUCAUAAUAAAAGUAAGAAGUUUAUUGAA